AUGGACCCUUUAUUUGUUGAGCAGUUAACAGCAAGUCGACUUGUUGAUGUGAAUGCUCAGAAGAGCUAUGCCUCUAAUUCCUCCCGUGGAUCACAGCCCGGAAACAAAAGUCACCCCUGUGGACGGCAGCCACGAAUUCCCUCCAAUAAAAUUUGCCACCGUAAACUUUUCCGCCUCGGCCGGCCCAAUAACCCUGAAGCCGGGCCACCCCACCCGCCCAAAAAGCCUGGCCCCGGGUCCCAUAUUCUCAUACUCGGCAAAAUACAACGUCCGGUACGUGGAGGCGUCGGCCCCUGGCCACUGGACCCAGCCUGGGCCGGAGAUGGAAGCAUCGAUGUUCGUUUGCAUGACGACAACACGCGCGUACUGCUUCCACGGGCGUCCGAGGAACGAGCCUCCAGAGCCGGAGAUGCGGGAGUUGUGGACUGCGAAGCCCGUGUUCUGGCCAGGGUCUGUGCGGCCGCUGGCGAGGACGACGUUGUAGGCCCCACCGGGACGGGGCUGGCGGAGGACGAUGCUGCAGCUCUGGAGGACGGCAGCCGCGUUACCGAAGAUGAAGUCGAUUGUGCCGUAGAUGUCGCAGUCGCGGUAGAACUGGCGGAGGGAGAGGGCGUAGAGGGUGUCUUGGUACCCGGCGAUGCUGCAGCGGUACAUUACUGA